AUGUUGUCGUUUAGUGUACCGGUUCGGGCAGCGGCUCGUUUUAUCCAGGCAACACAGCGUGGCCAAGGAGCUCGCUGGAUUGCCACUCCAUCUCGUUUGCAGACAGCUCAAGCCGCGGCCUCUGAAACGGUUAUCGAAGAACCAAUGUACCACGAUCAUGUUGAAGACGUAUCAACAUCAGACCGAGGCAGACGAGACGAGUUCUGGCGCAGGAUCCCAUGGUGGCAAGAUAUAUCCACAGAGGACUUCCUGAGUUAUCGUUGGAGCAGUAGAAACAUGGUCGAAAGACUUCCGAAGCUGCGAGGCUUUCUUGAUGCGACCUUGCCCGAAUACAUCCCUGUCCGUGGUUCCAGCAGUGAAAUGGAGCCUCGGAACGAGCUUGUCAACGACGUCCUCGCAGGAAUCAAGAAGGCAACCAUGUCUGUUCGGCUUACCCCGUAUGUUCUCAGUCGUAUCGACUGGACUGACCCUCGCAACGAUCCCAUCUUUCGCCAGUUCAUCCCGACUCAGUCAUCGAUGGUACCGGAUCAUCCGCGGCUGACACUUGAUUCUCUGCACGAAGAGGCCGAUUCACCAGUCCCUGGCCUGGUCCAUCGCGAGACCCUCCUUGAUGUAUUGGCUAACAUCAAUCUCUCCGAAGCCGUGUCCGUCUGUCCGACAUACUGCAUGUUUUGCACUCGCUCCUACGCAGUAGGUGCCAACACCGAAACCGUCGACAAGCAUUCGUUCAAGCCCAUCCUUGCCAGAUGGGAGAAGGUGUUCCAGUACAUCGAGAAUACACCGGAUCUGCAGGACAUUGUAGUCUCUGGAGGCGACUCGUACUACUUGGCGCCUCACCAAAUCGAACUGAUUGGUGACAGACUGAUCUCGAUGCCCAACAUACGUCGCUUCCGGUUUGCCUCAAAGGGACUUGCCGUUUGCCCGACUCGCAUUCUUGAUCCCAGUGAUACUUGGGUAGAUGCCCUUGUCUCGGUGUCCAACAAGGCAAGGAGGGCUGGCAAGGCGGUGGCGCUGCACACCCACUUCAACCACCCCAAUGAGAUCUCCUGGGUCAGUGAGGAAGCUAGCCAGAAGCUCUUCGAAGCCGGGGUUGUGGUACGAAACCAGACCGUGCUACUCCGCGGGGUCAACGAUGAUGCAGGCACCAUGUCAAUGCUCAUCCGCAAGUUAGCGAAUAAUAACAUACUCCCGUACUAUGUCUAUCAGUGUGAUAUGGUCAAGAUGGUGGAGCACUUGCGAACGCCUCUGCAAACGAUUCUCGACUUGGAGUCCAAGAUCAGGGGUUCGAUUGCUGGUUUCGUGAUGCCGCAGUUUGUAGUGGAUCUCCCUGGAGGCGGUGGCAAGCGCUUGGCAAGCACUCAUAGAUCAUACGACCGCAAGACGGGUAUAUCAACGUAUGUGGCACCUGCAGUGACGGGCCGUGACAAGGAAAACAAGGUGUACGAGUACUACGACCCUGUCGACUCUCUUCCCGAGACCCAACCAACCGAUUUUCUGGAUGGGGCGUCCCGACACAUUGAGUAUCUAUCAGCUCUGAUACGACAUCUUAUGAGCGUUCCUUUCCUUGUUCAUACAACGUAUCAAAUCCCGGCACCACACCCAAUGGCCGUUCUGGUCUUGAACUGCAUGGCUGGUGACUGCCGCUGCUUAUGUAAGGCCAGUGUGAUCACCGUGUGUGACGAGAGACGGAUGUUGAUGGCCGGGCAGUACUAUAAUGGCCAUGGAGAGGUGAAAAGUUUUCCUGAUGGGAGAGUCUCAUGUUGUGAAACGUUGAUAUCGUUCCAUACGGAAGAUUUGCUACCGUGUAGAAAGGAACGGCCCGGUACGAUGACAGUCAUAUCAUGCGCUCCUGAAGGACGAUCUGAACUGAGCCGGAUACAGUCUGUUGUUUGGCGGCUGAAGGCUGCCAAGAAGAGCAGGAAAGACGGGUACGGCAGCCUGGAAACUAUCUCUCUUUUGUUCAGAGAUAUUUCUCAAGGAAGGGAGCAGCGGAAGAGACAACAGCCUUCUACUACACCUCUGCAGAAUGAGGCUGUCUUUCAAUAUCCUAGUAGACACGUUCGAUUUGUUUGCUGCUUGCGUAUAGCCAACGAAACAGCCUACUGGCAUACUGAGAGACAUACCAAGACAACGUCAACGAAUGACGUGCAGCUCCUCUUCCAUCCUACAAGGGCGCAGAAUCAGAUUCAAAUGAAGGAGCCUGGAGGAGGGAAAUACGAAAUGAGGUUUCUCUCUCGGGACUUUUCUCACUCACCUGACGUUUAUUUCCGUCUUCUCGUUUCCCAGAAGAUUGGUUUCCAUGGUUCGCCAACGUUCCGGAAGCCCCCAGCUCUAUUCAUAGUGGCGAUGGGCACGGACUUUAGCAUUGUGAGCACAAUCGAGCGCAGCGAAUAUUAUUUUCUCGCCGAUUUGCCGAGAACCACGGUCGUUGUAUCUUUUAAGACGAAGAAGGCAAUAUCGGCGCGUGGCGGCGAGCUAAGAAAGAGGAGGGAAGCAGAAAAGAUCCCGAACGUUUUCGUUGGAGAUUUCGUCGAUAACUUCACCUCCUCCUCAGACUCCCCCAGGAACGGAGAGAAGCUUAGUUUGAAAAAGGGCGAGGAUAUCCUGCCAGCAGCUCCCGCUAUUCUGCCACCAAGUGUGGCUGCGGCCGCCACACAACCGCCAGUCUCGGGCACAUACAUAAGCUAG